GUGCCAGUAUUCACAGAUGGUCCUUCUCAAGGUCCAACAUUACCUCCAGCGUCCACUCAGUUAGCCAUUCCAACAACAGUUGGCGAAGGAAAUCAAAAAUAUUGGUUGAAUAUGAUACCAACUGAAUACGAUAAGUAUGCUCCUCCUAUUGUUAAUGGGAAACCAGUAAUUGUUUAUGUAAAUCUCGAAAUAAUGGAUGUUGAUGACAUAAGAGAAGAUACAAUGGAUUUUCGUGUACACCUGUAUCAAAAUCAGAUAUGGAGAGAUCCUAGAAUAAAACUUCAUACGUUAAAUAUAACAAAAGUUAAAGUGCUUCCUCCAAGUGCUGAAAAAGAUAUUUGGAUUCCAGACUUGAUAUUUGAUAACAGUAAAUGGGGUGAUCUUUUUCAGUAUUCAAUACCGAACACUGCCCUGAAAGUCAAUACGGAUCAUACUUUACAAAAAGUAACAAGAUAUAGUUUCCGUGUUGCAUGUCAUAUGAAAUUUCAGACCUAUCCGAUUGAUAUCCAACAUUGCAUCUUCAAAAUUGGUUAUUUAACUAACAGCGAAGACAAAGCAAUUCUGCAAUGGUCCGGAGCUACAGAUAGUCCAUACAGAAAUAAUAGGCCAAGUAUUACACUAACUGAAGAUAUUCAACCAUUAAAAUAUGAAAUGAGGAUCCAAAAACCUUUCAGAGUAACCGAAUGUUGGAUAAAUGGUAAUUUCAGUUAUUUGUUGGCAAGGUUUACAUUUAUUCGUCGUUUAACGGGUUGUAUAAUCAACCUCUACGUGCCUAGUACUUUAGUAGUUUGCCUUUCGUGGUUAUCUUUCUGGUUGAACGUUAAUGCUGUUCCAGCUCGAAUUACGCUUGGUACAACGUCUAUCCUCACAUUAAUUACUCAAAUAGUACAAUCUAGAUCGCAUACCCCACCAGUGAACUACAUAAAUGCAUUGGAUAUAUGGUUGUUUGCUUGUACCGCUUUUGUCACAGCUUCUAUACUGGAAUAUGCCCUUGCUCAUCAGUUUAUGGAACAUAAAAACGCACUUCAUCCGAGUAUGCAAUCGACAGGAAAAUGGGCAGAAAAUUGUCCCAACGUCGUAAAUAAAACUAUCAGAUCUCGUGGGAAGAAGACAAGCAUUCAAGAAAUUUUAAAAUCAGGAGAAUCAAUUAGCAAACUUGAUUAUUAUUCUAGAUUUAUAUUCCCGUGUUUAUUCUUUAUAUUUGCAAUUUGUUACUGGUGGUACUUUCUCCAGCGGAGAAAACAAGCAGAAAAUCAAUACUAA